UUUCCGACAUCAUCGAUCGUCCUAUCAGUAGAUGUGAGCUGAACACGCCGCUCACUAGGUUUCGAAGUUUCCGUGUUGGAAUGAUUUUUAUCAAACUCCAGAUAACCUCCUUAGAUUAAAAAUGACGGAUUAUGUCGAGGAGCAAAGAAAUGAACUUGAAGCAAUAGAAUCUAUCUACCCCGACUCCUUUACAGUGCUAUCAGAAGACCCCACCAGUUUCACCAUCACUGUUGCAUCGGAUGCAGGAGAAAAUGGGGAAACUGUAGAAGCAACGUUAAAGUUUACAUAUGUGGCAAAAUACCCAGAUGAGCCCCCACUGUGGGAAAUCUAUUCCCAAGAAAAUCUGGAAGGUGACGACUUAGAGGACAUUCUCACCCUAUUGAAGCAGCAGGCUGAAGAGAACCUGGGGAUGGUAAUGAUUUUCACACUAGUGACAGCAGUUCAGGACAAACUUAAUGAAAUUGUGGAUGCAAUGAAAAACAGACAAGAAGAGGAAACGCUCCGCAAAGCAAAGGAAGCAGAAGAAGCAGAGAAGGUGGCAUUCCAGGGGACAGUAGUGACAAUUGAAAACUUCUUAGCAUGGAAAGUCAAGUUUGAGUUGGAGAUGGCAGAGUUCAGAAGAAAAAAACAGAAAGAGGAGGAGCAGGCUGGAAAACCUAAACUCACUGGUAAACAGCUAUUUGAGAGAGAUCAUAACCUUGACACAUCUGAUAUUCAGUUCCUCGAAGAUGCUGGAAACAACGUUGAAGUGGACGAGUCGUUGUUCCAGGACAUUGAAGACUUGGAUUUGGAUGAAGAUGAUCCAAAUUUUGAUCAUUUAGAGAUGGACAGUGACGAGGACUAAAGCGGGGGAAAAAACCCAGACAUCUCAGCAGAACACUGUUCUACACAUACAUUACCUGCCUAUAUAAUUUUUUAAGACUCUUGGAGAAAAUGGGUAACCUUUUUCUUUAUUACAACACAAGACAUAAAUAACAAACAGAAAAUUCCAAAAUAAGUCUUGUCUUGAUUUUUGUGCUAUAGGAUAUGCAAUUCAUGUCAAUGACAGAUAAAACUUUUUUCAGAAGACAGCUGAAAUAAAUGAAUUAGUUUGGAACUACUUA